CAAUGAGACAUUUUCUUCCUUCUUCUUCAAAACCUUCAUGGCGAAUCCGUUACUUAACUCCCUACAGAUAUCACUGUUCUUCUCCAACAUUGACCCCAGAACCUGAAAAUCCCCAAAUUGUCCCUUCAGAUUCUCAGGGUUCAAAAAAUCCUGAAUUUUCUUCCAAGAUCCAAAUUUUGUCUAACCUUAACGAAAAUUGGAAAAAACCCAUUUCGGAAAAUCCAGGUUUAAGCCGAACCCAUGUCGUAGAAUCCCUUUUAAGCCAUAGAAAUGACCCUGCUGCUGCUUUCAAGUACUUCCAGUGGGCUGAGGGGCAGCGCGGUUUCUUGCGUGGAGUCUCUGAUCCUUACUGUGUUUUGCUUCAUAUUUUGGUGAGUUCUCCGAAUGAGUACAGUUUAACUAGGAGGUUACUUAAUAGUUAUGUCUCAAGUGAUUCUAGUCCUUCAGGUAUUCUUCUUUUUGAUCAUCUAAUCAGUUGUUCUGAAAGAUUCGACUUUCCGUUGAAUUCAGAGGUUUUUAAUUAUUUGUUGAACAGUUACGUCAGAGCUUGUCGAAAUAGAGAUGCCAUUGAUUGUUUCAAUGCAAUGGUUUCGCGUAAUAUUAUGCCAAAUGUCACGGUUGUAAGUAUUACUUUGAGUGCAUUGGUCAGGAGGAAACUGAUCUCGGAAGCACGAAAAAUGUAUGAUGAUAUAGUGGGUAGAGGGAUUAAUCAUGAUUGUGCUGCUGUGCAUGUGAUUAUGCGGGCCUGUUUGAAAGAAGGGAACAUGGUGGAGGCAGAGAAGUGUUUUUCUGAAGCAAAGGCCAGGGGACUUGUGCUUGAUGCAGCAGUUUAUAGCACUGCUGUUCAUGUUGCUUGUCGUAAAUUAGACACGGAUAACGCAAGCGAGUUGUUAAAAGAGAUGAAAAGGAAGGGAUGGAUUCCUUCUGAGGGUACGUAUACUAAUGUGGUGUGUGCUUAUGUGAAGCAGAGGAAUAUGGUUGAAGCCUUGAGGAUAAAGGAUGAGAUGAUCGGAAGUGGUCAUUCACUGAAUUUAGUUGUUGCAACUAGCUUGAUGAAAGGAUAUAAUCUACAGGGACAAUUUAUUGCUGCUCUGGAUUUAUUUAAUGACAUAGUUGCACGUGGUCUUAAUCCCAACAAGGUCACCUAUGCUGUCCUGAUAGAAGGGUGCUGCAGGUAUGGAAAUAUGGAAAAGGCAUCUGAGUUGUAUACCAUGAUGAAAUUUGCUGGAAUCCGGCCAACUGUAUACACUGUUAAUUCUUUAAUAAGAGGGUUUCUAAAAGCAGGGUUGUUGGAUGAGGCAAUUAAGCAGUUUGAUGAGGCAGUUGAUGCUGGUAUUGCCAAUGUUUUCACAUACAAUAGCCUUAUGUCGUGUUUUUGUAAGGGGGGUAAAGUUAAUGAUGCUCUUAUAAUAUGGGAUAAAAUGGUGAACAACAGCAUUGAACCAUCUGCAGUUUCAUAUAACAAUAUGAUUCUUGGAAAUUGCAGGCAGGGUAACAUGGAGGCUGCAUUGAGUUUAUUGUCCAAAAUGCUGGAAAAGAAUCUGAAAGCUAAUGUAUAUACUUAUACCAUUCUUAUAGAUGGGUAUUUCAGAAAAGGAGAGAAAGACCAAGCACUUAGGAUGUUUGACCAAAUGGCAGCUUCUGGAGUUCCUAUUACUGACUUCACAUACAACACGAUAAUCAAUGGGUUGUGCAAAGCUGGGUCGACAUCUGAGGCGAAAAGUUUUCUGAAUAAGCUGAUGCAUACAGGAUAUACUCCCCUUGUUAUGGCUUAUAAUAGCAUUAUAGAUGGUUAUGAGAAGGAAGGUGCCAUCAACUCUGCACUUGCUGCUUAUGCAGAGAUGUGUGAAAGUGGGAUCUCUCCGAAUGUUGUUACUUACACUUGCAUGAUUAAUGGCUAUUGCAAAAGCAAUCAGAUUGACCUUGCUUUAAAGCUGAGCACCGAGAUGAGAACCAAAGGUGUCGCAUGGGAUAUUACUGUGUACAGUGCCCUAAUAGACGGUUUUUGCAAAAGAAGAGACAUGGAAAGUGCACGUGAACUUUUCGAUGAACUCUUUGAAGUUGGUUUAUAUCCUAAUGUGGUUGUUUAUAACAGUAUGAUUAGUGGCUUCAGGAACAUAAAUAACAUGGAAGCAGCCCUUGCCUUGCAUAAAAGAAUGUGCAAUGAGGGAAUCCCAUGUGAUGUGGAUAUAUAUACCACAUUAAUCGAUGGUCUUUUGAAAGAUGGGAAAUUACUUCUUGCCUCUGAUCUGUACACAGAGAUGCUUGCCAAGGAUAUUGUGCCUGAUGCAGUCACUUACUUUGUUUUGGUACAUGGUCUGUGUAACAAAGGACAGGUGGAGAACGCAAGAAGAAUCUUGAAUGAUAUGUAUGGGAUGAAUAUGACACCAAAUGUUCUUAUAUAUAAUACGUUAAUUGCUGGAUAUUUCAAGGAGGGCAAUUUGCAAGAGGCUUUUAGGCUGCAUGAUGAGAUGCUUGAGAGAGGUCUGGCCCCUGAUGACACAACUUUUGAUAUUCUUGUAACUGGAAAAUACAAAGGAGGCAAUUUUCCUCUUAGAGUUUCAAGUGGCUAAUAUUAAAAGGAGAUCACUUGCCUGUUGGUGUUACCAAGUCCCUCCUGCUUCUGUAAAGGAGAGACAUAUUCUCCCAUUGACAUUCUUGGACAUCCUCAGUUGUCUUCAGGGUAAUAUUACUUUUUAACAUUGUAUUGGCUUUUGGGCGGGGCCAGCAAUUUGGGGAACUUCACGUGAUGACUCCUCGAUUGUUGUCUUUUAGGUUGCACGGUAAUUAUGUGCUGCCACACUAGCAGAGAAACUCUUUCAUGUUGAUAGGUUUUCACACCAGAUGGUGUUAGUUCUCUUCCGGUAACAUCUGCUUUACAUCUACUUCACAAGUUGAUCACUUGACCUCAGACUCUGGUGAAUUGCAAAACAUGAACUCUCGGCUUGGAUGGUGUAUGCAUGUACUUGGUAAUUUGUGAAGGAUUUGUUUUCUGCGAUCUAUGAGGGGUCCAUUGUUUGGACUGUCUUCCAAAGGCAAGCACACUUAGAACUGCUGAAGUAGAGCUGCUUUGAACCGGUGAAUGACAAACAGUCACAAGAUUAAUCAGCAACUUACUGCUCAAGAUGAUUACUUGAAUUCCACUUGCCAAAUGCGUACGCCUACCAAAAUUUGGCAGAGGAUGCAAAUCAGAAGAGAGCUUACGGGAAGGUACUUGCACUUUCGCUUCUGUUGCCAUAUUCUCCUAGUCUGCUCUCCAGAAAACCCAAAAGGCAGAAGGAAACAGGAGGGAGAAAAGAAUAACUGCAAGCAGCAUGCGUGCUGCAGUCUUAUUGCACAAAUUAAGAAACAGAAUCAAGGCUGUGAUGCAAAUCUCUAGUGCUAUUGCAAGCAAAAAUCCGGAGGACAAUGCUGAUGUGUAUAGACAAUCUUUUGCCUCUUGCAGAAAAAUGAUUGACUCAUCUUACUGUUAUUGUUGUUAUUUAUUCUUGUGGUUCUAUUACUCAAGGAUUAUAAGGCCUGAAGUUGGGUUGGGGUGUUUUUGAUUAAAAAAAAAGUACUUUAA